AUGGAAGGAGAGAAGAAAGAAGAAAUUCAACAAGAAGAAGUAAAGAAAGAUGACGGAAGAAAACCAUCAAAGAAAGAUUACCAUUAUAUUACAGAAAAUCCAGAAAUGGAAAAAUUUUAUUCACAACAAACAAGCAUAAUGAAUAAUGAAGAGUUUAAGGAAUACAUAGAAACAAUGCACAAAACUUUACCAACUACUUUUCGAUUAACACGAAAUGAACAAACUCCAAUAAUUAAAGAAGAAUUAAAACGAUUAAUAAAUAAUAUCGACAAUAAACAAGAACGACCUGUUGAAUUAAGUUGGUACCCUGGAGGAAUUGCAUAUCAACUAAAUGCAUCUCGUGGAGAAAUUCAAAAAAAUAAAAGUCUUGAAGAACUACGCAGAUUUAUUAUUGUUCAAACUGAAGCAGGAGUGAUUUCUAGACAAGAGGCUGUUAGUAUGAUUCCACCCCUUUUUUUAAAUGUUAAACCAUACCAUGAUGUCCUCGAUCUUUGUGCUGCUCCAGGUUCUAAAACAACACAAAUUCUUGAAAUGAUUCAUUCUGGUCCAGAAGAAGCUACAGGAAUUGUAAUUGCAAAUGACAGUGAUUAUAAACGAUGUGAAUUACUUGAUCACCAAACAAAACGACUUCAAUCACCAAAUAUUAUUAUUACCAAUCAUCUAGCACAAAAUUAUCCUAUCAAAAUUGGAGAUCAAUUUAUGAAAUUUGACCGUGUUUUAUGUGAUGUUCCAUGUAGUGGAGAUGGUACCUUAAGAAAGAAUCCAGAUGCUUGGGGUAAAUGGAAUAUUAUGAGAGGAAUCAAUUUACAUAAAACACAAUGCACUAUCAUGAGGAGGGCAGUUAGAUUAGUUAAGAGUUGUGGACGAUUUGUAUAUUCUACUUGUUCAUUAAAUCCAUAUGAAGACGAGGCGGUUGUAGCAUUUAUUUUAAGAAAUUAUCCACAAAUUCGACUUGUUGAUGUGUCUACUGAAUUGCCAACACUCAAACGAUGUAAAGGUGUUUCUUCAUGGAAAGUAUUUAAUAAAGAAGGAGAAGAAUUAACAAUUAAACCAGACUCUAAAGAAGAUGGUAGUUCAAAAAUACCAUCUACAUUAUUCCCUCCUACAGAAGAAGAAGCAAAAAGAUUUAGAUUAGAUAGGUGUAUGAGAUUCUUACCACAACUCCAAAACACAGGUGGGUUUUUUGUUGCUGUUUUGGAAAAAGUAGGAGAUUUAGAUUGUGAUUUUAAAGAAGAAAAACAAAAACGAAAAAAAGUACCAAAGCCUAUUAAAACACGUAAAGGCGACUCUAGACUAAUGCCACUUAAUAUGACUGAAGGUUAUGAAACUAUUACACAAACUAUAAAAACUUUUUACGGGUUAGAAGGAAGUACUUUUGAUUUUGAAUGUCUUGGUCUUAAAGGGGAUGGUAAAGGAACUUUACACUAUUUGAUUAAAAAGGGAAUGGACUUGGUUAGAAUUAAUGAAUUAAAAAUUGUUGGUGGUGGGUUAAAAUUGUUUAGAAAACAUUCUGUUGGUCAGAACAGUAAUUUUAGAUUAUCUAAUGAAGGAUUGUCUGCUGUUGCACAUCUUUUUGGAGAACGAAGAAAGUUAGAGAUAAGACAUGAAGAAUUUGUUAAAAUGUUAGUCUCUGAAAGUCCAGUUCAAUUAAGUGAUGAAGUAAUGGAACGAGCUAAAAAUAUGGAAGUUGGCUGUGUAAUAUUCCAAAUCAAAGAUACAACCAGUCCAAUCAACAAACAAUAUUUCAGUGGAUGGAAAAGUAAAGGACUCUCACUGUUUGUUUCUAAAGUAGAUAAAAAAGCAUUAUGUCAAAAUCUUAAGAUUGAAUUACCAAAAAAUGAAUUACACGAAGAUUCAGAUUCUGAAAAGAAAGAGAAAAAAGAUGAAAAUUGA